AUGAACUACGCCAUACGAGCUGGCAUUGGCAUAACUGCUUCGUACACCCUUAAGCAGACUGCCCGGCUGCUCAAGACGGUUGAUAAUAGCACAGACUACCGAGAGCUUCACAUUCUGCAGAAGAGGUUGAAUAGCAAGAUACAAGUAGACUCGCCUGCUCUUGUUUCAGCCCGAGGAAACACUACUUUGGAGUCGGCAGUGACAUUGACAAAGGCUCUCCGAUGGGACAUUCAAGCACUUGGUGUACGACUCGCCAAGGCUGCCACUGCCGAGGAGUCUUCUCGAAGGAAGGCUGAUAAAGCAAAAUCCAAGCUCGCCCAUGAAGCAGAGAUACGUCUCAUUGUCAAGGAUAUACGAGAUAUACUCACACGAAUCGAAGAUGCUGUGCCACUCAUCAACCUUGCCAUCACCACCUCAGGCGCCAGCCUUUCCACCUCAAUGCCCGCUUCUGUAUCACCAUCAAGGCUGCUUCAAGCCAGCACUUUUCUCACGGCCGGAGAUACUCAGUAUUCUAUGAAUCCAGAUGUUCCGGUCCAGGUUGGACCCGUGUUAACGCUAUCCUUGUACAUGCUAUUUGCUGGCCACUCGAAUCGGGUUCACGCCUCGGAGGAUAUGAGAGACACAACUUGGAAGGAAGUAAUCCACAAGGCUAAAGUCAAGCUGAUGCGUGUCCCUUUACAAACAAUCGGAAAUGGUGAAACAAGCGCAGUGGUGCUAGAUUCGGUCGCUGGAAGUCCGAAUCCAAUGAUCAAUGGAGAUGGACGCCAGAACGAGUACGCUUAUCAUCUCGAGCUUAUCGAAGAUCUGGACGAUGACAGAGCUCAUAGUUUCGAGGAUGGCGAAGAGCAGCCAGGUCCGUACGGAGAUGUUCGAAUAGCAGGUAUUCGAGAAUUUCUACCGAUCUAUCAAAUCUCGAAGAUCUUUUAUGCGGACACGGGUAAAAUUCUCAACAUUGGUGCAGAGGGAGAGGCCAACAAUCCCGUCCUUUUGCUCAAGAGAGAUAUCAAUGCCCUACCCCCGCGACGAAUGAUGAGAGAGGCAGAGAAGGGAAAUGAGUGGUACGGAGAACCCGAAGGACAGGUAGAGGAAGAGGCUGCUUCGGACGAGUCAGGUGCAGAAGAGGGUGACUCGCAGGACGACAUUGACCAACAAUUACGCCGAGAGAGCACCAUUCCCAGAACUGAAUGUGCGCCUCAUGAAGGACCGGCAACAGGCGAACGAGCAUGGCGUCUACCAGCAGAUCUUGAUCCAGAAUGGUUGGCGCUCGAAGUCUACACCGAGCCAGAGAACUGGGACUCCGAAGAUGAUGAUUCGGAGGAAGACUCGGCGUAUGUAUCCCAUCGCCCAAGCUCAUCUGGCCAAGAAGCUGAGGAAGAGCUCGCCGAAAAUCUUGCCCAUCUCAACAUACAAAAUCAGACAUCUCCAUUCCCGUCCCCCGCCCACCAACUCGACGCAUCUUCUUCGCUCCCGAAAUUCUCGGAACCAAAACCCUCACCACUCGGCCCAAUCAAAUCCUCCCUCUCCCUACUCGAAAUGUUGAUCCGCCUGACAGCCCUCCAACAGUUUCAACAAGCCUCCCACCUCUCUAUCCCCGACGAACUUCUCACUUUCUUCCUCGAGGAAUCUUCAACCACAGGUGCCGGGGGUGACGGCGAAGAACGCCAACGGACCCGCGCUACAGCCAGACACAAAGUCGGCUUCGACCCGUACGACGAAAGCCCCAUCAAGCGACGAGGUGAAGAUUACCAAUACCAGAAUCGAGGACAGGAUGAAUACGCAUUUUCCAGAGAUGGCUCGCCGUACUCAGAGUGGGAUCAGCAGAACCCACCCGCGAGUCCGCGCUGGUCUAGAGAACAGAGUCAGAAGGGAUCUGGACCUUGCACAGGUACACCGGAGGCACGGCCAUCUUCGCCGACUUCGCCUUACCGGCCACAAAAUAAAGUGGCGAGACCAUUGGACCGGGUACAGCAGGCAAGAGUUCCUGGGAAAGGAAGUCCGUUAGGACGGGGAGUAAGUGUUGAUACUGAUUCGACGCUCGGUACGAGUCCUGGGUCUCCUACUCUUGUGGACAGGGUACCAAAGGUCUAG